AUGUACUCCCAAUCGACGCCGGAACGUGUAGUUCAUCACCGACAAUACGUCCACUGUGAUCGUGAGGCUGCCCAUUUACGUCUUAUGCAAGACUACUUCAACGACAAUUCGACGUACGGGCCUACAUUUUUCCGACGUCGUUUUCGGAUGCAGAAGGAGUUGUUCUUGCGCAUCGUCGAGGCUGUUCAAGGUGAAGAUACUUAUUUCCAGAUGAGCCAUGAUGCACGAGGUCGGGACUCUCUCACGCCUUUGCAGAAAUACACGACGGCUAUCUGCCAAUUAGCCAUCGGCGUCAGUGCGGAUACUUUCGACGAGUAUCUCAAGGUCGCCAACACGACAGGUCGUCUAUACCUUAAGAGAUUCUGUAAGGCUGUCAUCCGAGCUUACUCAGGCGAGUAUCUUCGACGUCCGACGCAGGCGGACAUCCAACGCCAUCUUCAGAUGCACGAGGCGCGACACAUAUUUCUCAGGAUGCUCGGGAGUCUCGAUUGUAUGCAUUGGUCGCCUCUGUUCUCCGACGUGUUGGAUGGAAUGGCGGCGCCGGUGAUCUAUGAGGCCAACCAGCACUACUACCAAAUGGGCUACUACUUGUGCGACGACAUAUAUUCGGAGUGGCGCUGCUUCGUUGAGAGUCCGCCGAUGGCGACCAAUCCAAAGGAGUCGAGGUUCAAGAAGAUGCAAGAAUCAGCACGAAAGGAUGUCAAACGUGCCUUUGGAGUGCUUCAAGCUCAAUGGAGAAUCAUUCGAAGUCCAGCGCGAGGUUGGUACGUCGACAAUCUUAAGGAAAUCAUGAUAUGUUGCAUCAUUCUCCACAACAUGAUUGUUGAGAACGAAGGUGAAAGAGCUGCCCAUUGGAGAGAUGACGACGCAGGACACGGGACAUCUAGCAGUGACUCGUCCGAGAGUGAUCGAGCAACACCGAUUUGCUUCGAGGAAUACGUGCAAAGAGAUGCAAUUCUUCGAGAUAGACAGAUACAUGCUCAUCUCCAACGUGAUUUGAUCGAGCACAUUUGGGCACGUUUCGGACUUCUAGAGCCGGAUUAG